AUGGGCUUGAUUGGAGUUGAUGUAAGAAACAUUUUCAUCCCUUCUUCAAGUUCCUUACUGGUGAAAGCAGGAGCUUCGAGAGAGAUUUCUUUGUGGAACCUAAUUUGGGUUCAUUCUAAGGCUACCCAAAGGCCAUUUUAUGCCAUACUUAACAAAAUUAAUUCCCAGAAACUAAUAGUUAAGGCUGUUUCUAGACUGCAGUCUCUCCCCGGGGGAGAUAUAGGGGUUUUAUGUGACACCGUGGUAGAAGAUGUUCAUAAUCUUAGUAGGUACGAUAGGGUUGUGGUCUAUAAAUUCCACAAUGAUAAUCAGGAUGAGCUUGUGUCGAAAAUUAGAAGUGACGCUUUCUCCCUUAACUAUGCCUAUAAGUUCCUAAUGCAAGCAUUUGGGCUGCAGCUCUAUAUAGAGCUCAAAUUGGCAUCACUAGAAGCGGAGAAGAAAAUUCUCCGGACACAAACAUUAUUAUGUGAUCUACUUCUCUGGGAUAUUCCACUGGGCAUUGUGACUCGAUCUCUUAUUAUCAUUAAUCUUGUGUGA